GCUGCUUGGAUUUCCCUGUUUGGACCCCCCUGACCGCUGCUGGCAUUCCCCUGUCUCCUGAGACAUCCACCAGAGCCUCAGACACACUCUCUCAGCUGCUCAACAGUUUCAACACUGAAGGUGCUGCAGUUUCACCACUGUAUCUGUGUCUUUCUUCACUUUAUGCUGAAGAGGGAUCCACCACUUUUUUAUUUCAAGACACCUGCUCUGUGAUUGCUCCACUGGCUGCUGCGUCUGCAGGCUGCAACUGCUGAACCACAAUAUGCAGAAGAGUCCCUGUACAGCAUGUAAGGCCACUCAGCAGGAUCAGAUUUUCAAGGCCCUGGAGAGCCACGAGCAGCUAGAUCCGAAGGACAGCCAGGACUCUGAGGACCCCCGGGAGUACUGUUAUGGAGGGUACCACCCGGUUCAGAUUGGUGACACCCUGAACGGACGAUACCAGGUGGUUUCUAAGCUGGGCUGGGGCUAUUUCUCCACCGUCUGGCUGUGUCUGGACCUCACGCUUGGUCGGCGUGUCGCUGUGAAGGUGCUGAAGAGCGGAGCUGGCUUCACCCAGGCAGGACAGGAUGAGCUUGCCCUCCUACGAUGUGCCGGUGGUCCCACAAGCCGUCAUCCCUCCAGUCAAAGGAUUGUCCAGCUGCUCGAUGAGUUCAAGCUGGCCGGGGUCAACGGGAUCCAUAUUUGCCUGGUCCUGGAGCUGCUAGGACCGGACCUGAGAGGCUGGCAGCUUUGUUUUGGGAAUCCUGGACUGUCGCAUCGUUUGGUCAAACAAAUACUCACUCAGGUUCUGCAGGGCCUGGACUACCUCCACACUCAGUGUAAAAUCAUCCACACGGACAUCAAGCCCGAGAACAUCCUGCUGUUUUCUGAAGAACUGUCCCACGGAGCUCCAGCAGGGGGCAGCACCUCCUCCUCUGUGCCCCCUCGGAAUGAAGCCAACUCUACAGAGAAGGAGUGCAUGAACCCGUACAGCUUAAAGGACAUUACAGUGAAGAUAGCUGACCUGGGCAGCUCCUGCUGGGUGUACAAACACUUCUGUGAGGAGAUUCAAACCCGUCAGUACCGUUCACUGGAGGUUUUACUGGGAUCUGAGUACGGCCCGCCCGCUGACAUCUGGAGUGUCGCCUGCAUGGCCUUCGAGUUGGUCACUGGAGACUCUCUGUUUGAACCCAAAGCCAGCGAGUCUGUGUCCCUGGAGGAAGAUCAUAUCGCCCUGAUCAUGAAGCUGCUUGGGAAAAUCCCACCAGCUCUGGCCUUAUCAGGCAGAUACUCUGCAGAGUACUUCAGCCGCAGAGGUGACCUGCGUCGUGUCGGUCUACUCAGGCUCUGGAGCCUUUACGAUGUCCUGGUGGAGAAAUACCACUUCUUGUUGGAGGAGGCCUCUGAGUUCUCUGACUUUCUUCUCCGCAUGUUGGAUUAUCAUCCUGAAAGGAGGCUGACCGCCGCACAGUGCCUCCACCAUCCAUGGCUGACCUCAUGAUAGCCUCCUAAAAGCCUUGCAGGCCUCAACCCCUCCCUUACCCGUCAUCAGAGCCGGAUGCUCUUAAUGAAUCAGUGGCCACAUUGAGUCAGAUGUCACAAAUGCUCAUCUUUGAUUGGCUAAGAGCUGUUUGGAAGAUUGUUUGUGUUAACUCACUUUGAUUUGGGAAUUCCUGGAGAAUAUGAUGUCAACAUCAGACAGAGGAUGUGAUGUCCUCACCAUAUGAGCCUCAUAUUGCCCUUUAUUUGCACUGCUUGGGUAUUUUUUUAACAUAGAUCUCUGCUUGUGAAGCUCAUGAGAAUUUUCUUGCCACACUUUUGAGUCCUACAAGAUUUUGGUGAUGCUGUAAUGUUUCUUGCUGCACUGACAUUGUUAUCUAGUGUGAAGUCAAUUUAAUGCAAACUUUUAGUGCAGCUACUUUUUAGUGAAGUUCACGUUAAAGCUCAGGUAAGGAACUUAGGCUUGACUUGAUUUUAGUGACCCUUACGAACAAAGCAGUACCUUUUAUCUCUUUGCUGAUAUUGUCCUGUACAUGCUUCCUUAACAGCCAAACAUCACUGCCUGUGAAAGUGAUGCUUAUGGUCUCUUUUGCAGAUCAUAUAGAGGCAUACGCAUUGAUUUGAAUAUGGUUCGCAACCAGCUAGAAACAACACCUUUGAGGAUUAGAUUACAGAGUGAUAGUAUGAAUGUAUGCCGUCAAGGUCUUAUUCACAUUGUCGGUAAAUUAAAAAUGCCCUCUCUUUAUUUUUAUUUAGUUGAAUGAGCAGCUUUACAAAAUGCAAUAAAAUAGGUUGCAGUGCAAAUUUCCAGUAAGUUCCAUUGAAUGCAGAUUGGACGUACAAAGCACAACACACACGGUGAAACUACCAAGACUGUACCGUCAUAUAACAAAGUCUGACAUCGAUACAACACAGUUAUAAGUGGACACAUGUUAUUUACAUAAUUCAGAACUGUGUAUGUUAAUAAAGUGUGUCAUCCUAUCCAGCUGUAGGCCUGGCACUGCUUCAGGGGCUCUU